AUGUCGGUCACCGAUCCCGACUUUACGGCCAUGGGCAGUUUCCAUCUGCUGGUGACGGACCUUGUGGCCACCCAUGACAGGGUUGUGUCCGAGCUGCAGCAGCAGGUCGACGACCUGCGAGCUCAGGUGGCAGCCUAUCGGAGGUGUCCUGGACAAGACCUCGCCCUAGCUCCACAGAAGGAAGUGGCGGACGAGCUCCGCGUCCCAAUGGCGGAUCGAGUUCUCGAACCGGAGGCGCUGCACGGCGCACCCAUCAGCCUGGAGCAGGUCUCGCUUUCCGAGGAGCCUUUCGUCAAGGUCUUUGGCGAGGAGGUGAAACACCUGGGCCUACGAGUAGCGUGGAGCGCGCAAAGGCCCACCAUACAGAGGGUGGACGAGGGCACGGCAGCCCAAGUUGUUGGCAUUUGUCCUGGAGAUCUACUUCUUGCCAUCAACGACACAGAGACGGAAGGGCGUCCACGAGAGGAGCUGUUGCCACUUCUGAGAGAUCGCCCUCUCCGACUUCGCUUUAUGCGAAAGGGUAGCGACUGCUCAGUGGCGACAGGGACAAUGACGUUCGGGACUCCGAACCAUUCGUCAAAGAGCAUUACUGCCAAGCAAACCCAACCGGCUCUGAAAAGGAGUGAGCUGGGAAAGGUAGCUGCUAUCAAGAACGUCGAUGACAGCCGCGGCCGCGAGGCCAACUUGACCAAUGCUUGGGCCGACUCACCCGUAUCUGUGGUUCAGGGCCGCGCAGCCCCCGACUCGCCGAGGAAGAUCUCCUCGCGACACAUAGGUCGAAGAGAUGGGCGUGCUACCUCGAAAGGAAGUCGCGCUGCAAGCUCCAACAGUGAAGCUGACGAGCCCGAAGGCUCUCACACCCAGCUUGGACUGCGUCGAUUUAUAGCCACCCGGAAGGAGUCGACAGCCUCUGUCGCAGAGGUAGGCAUUGGGAACUUCAAAAUUUCCAUUCACGACCAAGCAGAUGAGAAGAAGAGCUGUGCAAGACGUCUGCACUCUUUGCUGAAGUGGUGGAGCCACUUAGAGGAGCCAGAUCGAGGCGGCUGUGCCUUCAAGAUCCUGGAGUCCAGGCCUUUCUUCACACUGUCUUCGACGGUGAUCAUGAUGCAUGCGGUCGUCGUGACAAUGUCCUCAGACUGGGAAGUGAAUCACAUUGGCGGCACGCCUCCGCCGCAUUUCAACUACCUGGAAAUGGGGUUUCUGGCCUUCUAUGCGCUCGAGCUCGGGCUCCGACUCGCAGUUCAUCGUUGUUUCUUCUUCAUCGGCGAAAGCGCUGGCUGGAACUGUUUCGACUUUCUGCUGGUUGCAUUUUCUGGGUUUGAUGUCGGCCUAUUUUUCAUGCAAUUGGCGAGACAUGAACAGGAAAGUGGCAGUGGUAAUGUGUCCUUCAUGCGAAUGUUCCGGCUCUUCAAGAUCACGAAGAUCCUCCGCACCAUCCGAAUCAUAAAGGUGUUCCGAGAGCUCUCCAUGAUGGUGGAAAGCUUCACGAAGCUGGCCCUCACCUCAGUUGCAAACAACCUGGUCUUUGUCCAGGGGGUCACCGACUUGCUCAGAGAGCAGACAUUCAGUGCAGAUGACGAGCAGUCUAUCCUGAACCAGUUCGGCUCGGUGUUGGACAGCAUGUUAUCUCUCUACAUGGCCGUGACAGGUGGAAAUGACUGGGUGGAAUACUAUGAGACCGUUCGACAAUGUGGUCCUUUCUACGACGUUUUGUUCUUGCUCUAUACUUUCUUCUUUGUGUUUGCACUGUUCAACAUCAUGACGGGUGUCUUCGUUGAGCGGGCGCUGACCGCUGCCAUUCCUGAUAGAGAUGAAAUGAUUUGGGAGGAACAGAAGAAGCUGGCGAAACAGGUUGAGGACUUCAAGGCCCUCUGCAACCAGUUGGACACAGAUAACUCAGGAACAAUUACCAAGACCGAGUUCAAAAAGCACAUGCGAAGCGACGUCAUGGUGUCGUACAUGUCCAGCGUUGGCUUGGAGAUGCAUGACGUAGAGCACUUCUUCCGGACAGUGGCCGGAGAAGACCAAGAAGUAAGUAUUGACCGGUUCGUGGAGGGAUGCAUGGCCAUGAGGGGCAAUGCAACUGCGCUCGAUGUGCAGCGACAGCUGUUCGAAUGCAAGCGCCUGUCCGACGCAAUCAAAUCGCUGAAGCGCGAGCAUAGCGAGAACAUGGGCAAGGUGCAGUGGAUCCUGUUGAAGGCAUUUCCUCGGCUUGCCGACGAGAUGCCGAAAAUAGAUGACAAGGCACAGCAAUCAUCGAACCCGACGCGUUCGCAGCAGUCCUCGGCCAGUGACAAGGUGCAGCACUGCAGUGCUGGUCGCCCUUCCCCAACGAGCUCAAACACCGGAGAGGCAACCAGCAAGGCCUCCAGCCCAACUCGUGAGAUCUCGUCGCCCGGAGCGAUUCUUGGCAAGGAGAUGGAAAGAAUGACGCCGGUUCACGCGGCGGCCAAGUGA